CCAUGUGGUUAGAUUUAACAUUAACCUCUCCCUAUAUCUCUCUCUAAGAUAUCAUCUCUCUAAUAACAAAAAAAAAAAACAUGUCUGUUUCUUCUACCAACAACUGAACCAGUAUCAAAAAUCUCAUCCACAAAGGUUGUUCUUCUUUCUUAACCGCUAAACCCUUUUUGUUUCUUAAAACAAACAAAAACAAAAACCACAUUCACUAUUUCUAAUCCAUAUUCACAUUCUUGUCUUUCACUUCCAUCACAUUCUCAUUAAUCAUAAUCAUAAUCAUAGUCAUAUCAUAUUCAUAUUCAUAUCAAACUCUCAAAUGGGACAAGAAUCAGAUUCCAAAUCCAAGUUGGUGAUAGAAAUUUGCUCCAUUUCAACACGUUCUGCAUCUUGUGUUCAUAGGAUUCUUUCAAAUCCAACCAAAACAACUUUCAUUGACUGGUAUUGCAUUCUUGGAGUGGAAGAAAAUGCAGGUGUAAGUCUCAUUCGCAAGAGAUACCAUAAACUUGCAUUGCAACUUCACCCAGAUAAGAACAAACAUCCAAAAGCUGAAAUUGCCUUCAAACUUGUUUCUGAGGCAAAUGCAUGUCUAACUAAUGUAGCAAAAAGAGAAGCUUUCGAUUUCGAGAGGUACAAGCAUUUCUGCAUUGAGUGCAAGAGAAUUCCUUAUACAAAAUCGGCCAAUGUUUCUGUCAAUUCUGGUGGUUCAGGUUUCAAGGCAUGGAAUAUUAUCACGAAAUCGCAGACUUUUAAGUUUUGGAGAAAUAUUAGGGAUGUGAGAGAGAGAUUUAAUGAGGAGGCUAAGGUGAUUGAGAAUUGUUUGAGAGUAAAUUCAAUGUCAAGGAAAGAAUCACCACUCUACAAUCCAGCUAGUUAUCUACAUAGGAGCAAGUCAAUGCAUAGAUUUGAGAAAGAAACGCCCGUUUUCAAUCCGUCGGAUUAUUUGUACCAAGGUUAUCCUCAUAUGAGAGGUUUUGGUAACAAGAAUGCUUCCACAUUUAUGUACUUGCAGACAGCUAGUAUGCUGCAGAAUGAAAAGCGAGGAGCGCAGCAUAGCUCGCCUGUUUUUGAGGUCAAAACACGGAGUAUGUUUACAAACCAGUUUGCUUUUGUACCAUCAAGAUAUUAGCUUUUAAUGGUUUUUAUGUUCAAUGAACGUGAUAUGAUUGUCAGAUUCUAGCUUUAAAGGAUUACUUACCUUUCGUUUUGAAUUUGUCGCGAUAUAUGUAACUUUGUUCAAACCGCCAAGCGUAGAAACAACAAUGAUUAGCUUAAAAAGGGGCUAAUGUAGCUUGAUAAAAUAAAUAAAAAGGUUAAAUAAUGUAAUUUGCGAUAA